AUGGACCUUGUCGAGUCAAGCUGUUUGGGGAUGUAUCUCGCUCUGGAGGGCAUGACCAUGCUACAUGACAUGGAUGUGUUCUUGGUUUCGUGGUACACUCCCAUUUUGCUCGAAGCCUACAAGUUCUGGUUCUAUGCCAUCUGUGUUGCGAUUGCUAGGACCGUUGCUAAUCUCCUCCUUGGCCCGGCCCUUUCAAGUGCUCAAGACGGCUCCGCCGAUAAGAAAGAAAAAGAGAAGGGAGCUGUUAACUCCACAUCCUCGAAUUUGGUACCAUCAACUGUAUCUCUCUUGAACCGGCUUGUGAUUGACAGUUUGGACUUGACCAUUCCCGGGUCUUUACUUGGAUGGAUCCCCAUGAGCGAAAUUGGUGUUGCAAUCGCCAUGCUCACAAGUACCAUACUCGUCUGGCCAAGUGCUUGGGUAAAAGCGCAAACGUGA